GUGGAUUUCAAAUCUUUGGCGGCACAUUUGGUUUGACGACAAACGCGCUACCGAUGAGGAGGGCCAAAAGAGGAGGCCCGGGCGGACGAAGUCACCCUUGGUUAAACCUCUGCAAAAACAACUCAGAAUUAAGAAAGCUGCUACCAGUCUACUUUUCAAACAUUGCACACAACCAUACUUUGGUGUCUUCGGAAUGUAGUGAAAAAAGUGAGAGUGACACGAAAUUAAAUACAGUGGGCAGUUCAUCUCAAAAUCAACAAGGCGCUCUUAAGGAGAUUGGUAAUAACUCAACUGCCGAGAAGAUAAGGAAGAGUAGCUUUACUCAACAUAGUUCACUCUUUCACAUAGACGAGGAUGCUACAACCAAAUUACACCAGCUUAUAAAUUUUUCCUUGAUAUCUAAGUCUUUGAAUCUUAGUCCUAUACACUGGAAAUCUGUUCCUCAACUUUAUGGUAUUAAGAACAAACACAAUUCCGCUAUUUGUGGUGUUGUAAUAAAAAGGAAGAGGAAUAAGAAAACUCGAGCUACUGUUUCUGAACGUACAUCAUUGGAUAAAUGUAAAGAGAGAAAGAAACCUAUCAAGUCGGAUGAAGCCAUCAUACAGCCCAAGUUAAUCGAAACGCAUACUAACACCUCUAAACAGUCUACUGCAGUCAAGAAUAUCGAAUCGAAAAAUCCAAACCGUCAGUUACCGACUGUAGUUGAAGGUAAUGUGUCUGAGGAACUGACAUUCUCUUCAGUUGGGAAACGCCAACGACGUCUAACAGCCAGAGCCGCUGAGGCGAUAGCACAAGCGAAUCUGCGGAAGUCUCGUAAAUCUUUAUCAGGAAGUUUAUGCAGUAAAAGCAAAGUCCUUUCGGAUGAUGAUAAACCAGGACCAGAGAACGAAAACAAAAUUGUGGAUGGGUUAAAGGCUACUACUGAGGAGACAGCGACUACCAUCAUCACUCCUAAUAAACGAUGUAGUCCUCCUGCCAUAAGUCCAUGCGCUAAAGCUACAUUAUCUCCUAAAAAUGGAAAAGUCGACCUCGGAACAGGAGAUGACAAAUCUUUGACUGUGAUCAGCGAAAAUCUAUCCCCUCGUAUACCUACAGUGAUAGGGGAGUGUAAUUUCGAACCAGAAAGCUCAUGUAAUGAAACCCUAAUUGUAGCUGAUUCAUUGCCGCACAUAGAAAAAGUUGUGUCACCAAACAUUGUACAAAAUGAGAGUUUUAGUGAAAUCACAACAACUGAAGCUUCUACAGAGGAUCAACUUCACGUUUUGGUGACGAGUCCAACUUGCAGCAACGAACCUUUACCUGAUAUCCACGAAUCGGAAAGCCGAAAUGAAUGUUUAGGUGUUCUUGAUGACUUGAUUAAGAAAACUUUGACAGUUCUGGAAAGUAAUCCAGUUAAGCAGCAGGAGAUAUAUGAGGUCAACGACCCCUACAUUCAGUCCUUUCCUGAUACCGUAGUGACACAAGAAAACAGGGAUCUAACUAUGUCGAAUGAAGCAAUCAACAAAACAACACCUGAAGCUGAAAUACCAGUUCAAAAUGAUCUUACUACUAAUAUUCAGCUGAAGUUACCUGAAGAAAAAGAUGCAGGGGUUUUAGUUGAAACGAACGAAAACUCUGAAGUUAAAGAAAUCAAGCACACUGAUAAAGCCUCAGAUAUUAAUAAUCAAGAGCAAACUGAAAUAAAUGAUGAGUCUGACAAAAAUAUGGAAUCAAAUUCAUUUGACGAUUCUGCAAGUACACCACCAAUGAAAUCUGAUAUACAGGUCCCCACUGUGACCAAAAUUACCAAAUCUAGAGCUCAUAAACGUAGUCCAUCUCCAACAGAUGUACCUAUUAUUCGGAGUAAACGUCGUCUAAAAGUCAAUCAUCGUUUUCUGGACGAUUAUGAUGGCUACUUAGGCUUCAUAAGCGGUGGACGUCGAAGUCGAGCUUCCUCCGAGGUAAGUAAUGGUUCUGAAGGGAGUAAUAGUCGCAAUAUGGAACAUUCCACGCGACAUACACAUCCAACAUCAUGGCAUGAUAAGAAGAGUUCGAAUGAUAAAGUGAAGAAAGUCAGUCAUAGAAAUUUAACUGAAACUUCAACCAAAUCAUCAUCUAAAGGAUACAAAUCAAAUGAUAAUAUGAAUAAUAAACACGAAGACAAAGGUGGAAACCGACCAGUUACAGGACUCAGACCACGUGUAAAACAAGUCAGCAGACCAUCUAUUAGUCGUGAGGACAGUCGUUAUUCAUCAACUUUAUCGGCUAUGGUUCACGCUGCGCGCUUGGCUGCCGUUGGCGCCAAGGUUCCCGGAGGUGUUAGUCCUGUGCAUGCUGCUUUAGCUGCUUCUGCUGCCCAUUCAAAUAGGAUGAAAGAAAAGCAUUCUGCUUCUAAACAAGACGAUGCUCAUGUAAGUGGUCACGGAGUUGCUCUACAAAAUUCAUUUCAUCCUAGUAGACUCGGGUCUACUAGUCAACAUUCGACCCAUUUACCGAAUCGUUGUGGACAAUGCCCAGCAUGCUUAGGACUUAUUCAACCAUGUGGACGUUGCAGUGAUUGUCGCUUAGUUGACAGUAAUGAUCCACGAGGGAGACCUUGCAAGGAACUUAUAUGUCUCAGACGUCGUGUUGCGGCUGCCACUGCUGACCAGAAUACGAAAACAGGUCCAAGGGUUAAAUUUCCAUCAAAUUAUCCUUCACCUGGUUCAACUUCAAACUUACCUAUAAGUGGAUAUAAAGGUGCUUUAUCAAUGAAUACUGCUAAUCAUACAAAUAAUCGAUCUAACCUUAAUAAAUCUGAAGAUGAACCAGAUGAAUCAGUUAGUUUGUUGCAAACUGUACCUGGAUUAGCGCAACAGCUUGAAUUAGAUACAUGGUUACCAUCUAGUUAUUCUCGGAAAACAAAUGCCAAUGGAAUAAAUCAUUCAUAUCGUCGUAAGCAUAAAAAUCCUGUAAACAAUUUAAAUGUCGGUCCUGAACUUCAAGUAACACCUGUUCGUGGUGGAGAUUUAGGAAUGCAUUUCAGUUCGAUUAUUGAAGAAAAUGAUGAAAAUGAAGAUUUAGAUCGUGUCCGUCCAGUUGAAGGGGAAGUAAUUGAUAGUGACUUAGCAACACAAGGAGGUUACGCAAUUGUAACAACAUUGGCAGCUGCUCCACCUAAAGAAAUCUGUUACGCAUGUGGUAGUGGUGGAGGUCAGUUACUGUUUUGUGUAUCCUGUGCUGAACCUUUCCAUUUCUACUGCGUUGAACGACAAUUCAGACCUCGUAGGAAAGAACAUUUUGUAUGUCGAAAUUGCACCACAUGUAAAGUCUGUCGUCGUCCAGCUUCAGAUCUACGUUGUAUACGUUGUUCUACCGGCUAUCAUCCAGAAUGUUUAGCUGAUUUUCCACCAGCUAAAACUAGUCAAAGAGGAUGUUGGACUUGUCCUGAGUGUUCAGUAUGUUUACAUUGUGGAGUUAAAGCUUGUAAACCAGCUGAGACUAGUGAUGGUACUACACCUAUUUCAACGGUUCGUGGAAGUUAUACAGCCUGGUCAUAUGAAACAAAUAAAUGUGCUGCAUGUAGUCAGGCAGAAUCUAAAGGCGAUGUUUGUCCAGAAUGUGAUCGAGCUUAUUUACCAACCACUAAACAAAUGAUCCAGUGUGAUAGUUGCCAACUUUGGAUGCAUAGAACAUGUACAAAAUUAACUGUUGAUGAAUAUGAAUUAAUUGCAAGAAUGUCAGCUGGGCAAUUGAGUAAAUUUGUUGUUUCUUGUUCCGUUUGUCAAAGAGAACAAAAAUCUCAACAAAAAAAAUCAAACGCCUCUCGUAGUAACAAUAACAAUAAUAAUACUUCAUCCAAACAACAAUUAGAUUUUACAGAUCAAACUGCAUCGGAUGAUGAAAGUGAAUUCAGCGAUGAAAAUAAAGAAACAGAAGAUGCAUCAAUGAGAAGUCGGAGUAAGCAUUCAAAUAUUAACAACAGAAAUAAUAAUAAUGAUCGUAAUAAUGGUGCAAAUCAACUACGAAUUUUAGCACAUGAUACAUUAAUGGAAAGAAUGUCUGGCUUAGUGCAAGUUUGUCGUAAAUCUAGUCGAAUUGAUAAUCAAACUGUCACUAGUAGUGGUGGUGGUCCUGGUGAUGGUUCAUCAAUGAACUCACCAUCAUCAACUUACUUUCAUAGUCCAACUAAUACAAUGGCUAGUUCUAGUGGUAAAUCACCUGGUUAUUGGAGUAAUACCAAUUAUAAAGAUGAAUCAACUACAGUAAAACAAUACCUACCUCAGUAUGAUGGAGUGUGUGAUUCCGACUCUGGAGAUGAAUUAACUGCUGCAGUUGAAGCUGCGGCUUCUUUAUGGGAUCCGGCUGUGGUAGAACAUGCUAAAUUCAAUACUGUUUCUGUUAAUCCUAUGUCUAUCUCCCCAGAUAAUAUCACAAACGAUCCAAUACAUCAUCAUCCUGAUAAAUUGUCGUGUGAAACCGUCAAUAAUACGGCUGAUAUUUCUUUAGAUCCAGUUAGUAAUGGUAGUAGCUCGUUAUCUUAUUCAUCAUCACAACAAUGUUUACAAAUUGAUUCUUCUUACAAAACAUCAAAUAUGAUGGAUCCCAUCAGAAAUACAUGUAAUCAUACUGUUUCACCAAAUGAGACACUUAUUUUACAAAACCAACAAUUACCACUUACUAUUAAUACAUCAUCUUUACUUAAAACUGAACCUAGUAGUUCAGUACAAUCUAGUUUAUUUCAUGAAUUCACAGUACAUGAUAACAAUCCUAAUCAGAACAAUCGUAGACGUUAUAGUUCAUCUAGCUCAUCGAAUUCACGUUAUUACCAUCAAAUUUGUUCAACUCCACCACCAAUCAAUGCACAAUGGCUUGUUGAUCAGGAAUCAGAGCAAAUUUGGACAAGUCCGCGCUCAAUACUUUAUCGCUUACUUACGAGAAUUCUCCAUCGUCUGUCCGCUCAUCCAGUCAGUUCACCGGCAGCCAUCGGAUUAAGGAGACUUCUUCGUUGGCUUUCUACAAUGACAGACACUCUUUUUCCAUGGCUUAAUAUAAAUGAAAUGGCUAGUGAUGUUCGUGAUAUUCUACGCCAAUCUAAUGGGAAAUUUAGCGAUGUUGCUAAACAUUUUCAAGAACGUUCUUUAAUUGAACUUCAUGAAUUAGUGUGCCCAGUUAUUGCUCGUUUAAAUGAAAACUAUUCACGUAUUCGAAAUCCUUCAUCUGGUGAAACAGUUAAUAAUGUAAAUUCUGUUUCAACAUGUUAUUUACACGUGCUUGAACACCUGAAAGAGUAUCAUCCAAAAUACCAAUUGUAUGAAUCACCAGAAAUAGAUCCUUUACAAUUUACUAAACAAUUCUUACUUUCAUGCAAACGUUCUCGUUGUCAACGUCCACAUGAAAUGGAAAUGCUUGAACAAAUGAAACAAAGUGCCCGUGAUGAUCGAUGGGUUGAACAUUGGUCUUCAAUUGAAGAAGAAUUGGUUGUCAAGAAAUUUCAAAAUCAUUUAAUCAAGUUGUACAGGAAACGUCUACAUGAAUUAUCAGUCCCAUCUUCUCAACACUUCGAAAAUAACGUAAAUAGUAAAUGUAAACCGACUAUAUCUCCUAUUUGUAAUUCUUCAGAUAGUGUAGCUGAAAUACCAAACUGUAUUGAUAAUUCUGAAUUAAUUCAGUUGAAUUCACUAACUACUACCACUAUUAUUAGUAACAAUCUAGAAUUAUCUAAUCAUGAGGUGAUUAAAGAUGAUAAUGAAUUAAACACUAAUACAGUAGUAAAUCAAGAAUCUAAUCAGCAAGAUUCUGAUAUCCCAGUGGAACCAUUAUUGCCCGUCAAAAAUGGUGAUAACGGUGAAAAUAACUCAUCUAAAGAAUUAGCAACCUGUGAUUCUGAACGCUUUUAUUUCGCUUUGGACAAAUUUUGGAAUGAAGAGGAGAUAAGAAAACCGAUUGUUUUAUCUGGUCACAUUCCAUCAUUCCGUUUAGUUGACCUUGAUGAAGAAGAGGAGUUAAAUAAAAAGGUUGCCGCUGAUGCCUUGCGUAAGCAUUUGAUUGAUGAUUUAGAGGAUGAAGAUCCAAGACGUUGUUUAUUAUGUGGUUAUCAUGGAGAUGAUAAUAUCGAGGGGCGCCUGUUAUACACAGGAUCAGACACUUGGGUGCACAUUAAUUGUGCCUUAUGGUGUAAUGAUGUUUAUGAAGAGGAUUCUGGUGAGCUAAUUGGUUUGUCAGACGCUAUUCGGCGAGGUCGUUCUAGCAAAUGUGCUGAUUGUGGCAAAUAUGGUGCAACUCUCUAUUGUUCUAAUAUGAAGACUGAGGUUUGUCCUCUAUCUGUAUUAGUCUCAUCCAAUAACUGUGAUUUGGACUGUGUUGGUGCCGUGCAUUUCUCUUGUGCUCUAAGGCGCUGCCCUCCAUUACCACAAUGUGUUUUUACUGCUGAUCGUUCUUGGUUUUGUUCUCCAGUCUGUCAUCAUACAGUUAUGAACCAACGUCUUGCGGAAGCUUUACAUUCAUUAAGAAAGUCAUCUAAAGGAAAACAUAAUAGAAAAUUCGGUUAUCCUGAAUCAUGGGAUCAUUCAUCUGAUGAAGAUUUUUCAACUGGAUCAUUUAAUCCGGCUGAUUUUGCAGAUCAUCCUUCAUUUGCAUCAAUGGAAGAAGCUAUUGCUGACGAUUUAGAGCCAAUUGGUUUAGGAGAUUUACUUGUUUGUCGUCGAGUGUUUGUCCCAUCCGAUUGUUUUGCAGCAUCAGUGUAUCCUCAGUCAAUAAAUGGAAAUCUUAUUUCAAAUAAUCUCCUAAUGAGUGAUAGUGAACAGUCGGAAUUAAUGAGAGCUGCAAAAGAAGCUGUAUCUACACUUGCAGUUUCACCAAAUUCAAUCUCUUUUCUUCACAAUAACGGAAUUUCUGCAAAAAAUCUUGUUAUUACUAUAGGAUCUUUACGUGUUGAUAGGUUGGGAGAUGUUCGUGAAGCUUCAGACUCUUUAGCCAUGGCUAAAUGGAUUCCAGGUUCUUUUGACGAACGUAAUACUGUUACACGGAGCAAUUACUUGUGCCCUAUAAAUUACCGUGCAAGGCGCAUUUAUUGGAGUUGGUCAAAGUUGGAUUCUCGUAUACCGUAUACUCUUCAGGUAAAGCAGAGUCAAACAGUACACACAACUUCCGGUUACAUGGAAACUUGUCCUACUUCACGUCCAUCCUCCAACACGAGUGUCAAUUCUAAUAAAUCUUUUAUUUCAUCUAAAUUGCCUGUUGUUAAUCCUAGUAAUUCAACUCCAGUUUAUAAAAAUCCUCGUCUAGUCAAUGUUGAUAAUCGUAUCAGACUGCUAACUCCUCUGAACAACAGAUCUGUUAAUAUUAUUAACAGUAGUAUUAACAAUAAUGUUAAAAGUAUUGAUAAUACAUUAUCUCCAGUUCAAGAUGCUUCUAAAACGUUAACAGCUAUUCUAACUAAUGCCUCAUCUAUUGUUUCUCCUCAAACUGGGUAUGAACCUCCUCUUUUGAUGAGUCAUCCUAUUAGUGGUCAUCUAGUUAGUGUCGCAUCUUAUUCAACUUUACCAGUUAGUAGUUUUCAGCUUAUGGCACACACAGUUAACAACCCGAUAAAUCAAGGACAGAUUAUUCAAUCAUCUGCUUUAACCAGUCAAAAUUCGUCAUUGAAAAUACUAAACACUGUAUCACUUUGUCCUUCAUCGAAUUCGCAACAGAAUCAGCAGAUUUUACAACAACGUCAUCUGUUAGCAACACCUCAAAAACAUUUAGUCCCAGUUCAUAUUACACCUCAGAUACCAAUGAACGUCAAUGCCACUAAUCUAACUACUACGCCCGAUAGUAUAAAUAAUAUUGUACCUACAGAAUUAAAUUACAAAAUUGGGAUUAAUCCUUCUAUAGUUUCUGUUAAUAGUACACAGUUUAAUAAAAGUAAUUAUACCAAUAUAAUUUCUUCUAAUAAACAACAAACACAACAACAUUACAAAUCUCAUUUGAUGAAUGCAUAUAAUGGAAAAACAUUUAUUUUACCUAAUCAAAUUCAGCCAAAUAUUAUAUCUGUUAAUAGUAAUAAUAACAUUAAUAAUAAUUUGUCUUUAUCUCCUGCAAUAAUCCCUGUAAAUCAGUAUAAUGGUGAUAUAAUUACACAUCAUAUCGGCACCACUGUCAACCCCAUCACAGUUAAUACAAAUAAUAAUAAAUCAUCAACAUUGCCUUAUAAUAAAUCUAUCGGAUCUACUGUUAUACGUAUUCAAAAUGUUCAUUUAAAUCAAAAGAGUGGAAUAUUGACAACACCGACAAAAGAUGCACAAUUAGCAACACAAUUAGAUGGUUUAUUUCAAAAUAUUGGCAAUGUUACAAGUGUUAGUCAGAAUAAACGAGGAGUAGUUUCAACAAAUUUAUUACCCCAACCUGAACAUAAACUACUUCCUCAAUUUGAUGGUACUGGUGACGACGAUGAUCCUGACUAUGGAUCUGGUUCUGUUCAUAAACGUUUGUAUAAAAGCCGUUCAUCUUCACUUGUGUCCUCUGGUAGUUCAUCAUAUUCUCACAGAACAGCAGCUUCUGGACGUAGUCAAUCACAACUGCCAAAUAGUCGCCUUAAUAAAAAUGACCCAUUAACAAAAACAAAUAAAAGUGCUCGUGUUACUUCUGAUCCCUCGUCUGCCAAACCUUCAGGAAAACGACGUUGGAUUGAAGAUCGUAUCAGACAACAGGAAUUGGCUCAUUUAGUGUCAAAGGCUAAACAGGCUAAUCAUGCUCGCCUUUAUCAGAAUGAAGUUGAGAAACAUGCAAGAUCAUUUCGUCUUACCUUUUCCAUUGAUGGUAUGGUACGUUCAGCUAAUAGCCCAAUGGCUGCUUGGCGUGCUGUGAUAAUGCGUGUUUCAGCUCUGCGUGAAAAACAAGGUUUAAAGCCAUUGAUUUGUACAGCUAUUGAUGGAUGGACACAAUUCGGUUUAAAUCAUCGUUAUACAAUAUUUCUAAUCGAACAAAUGCGUGGAGCGCUUCAUUGCUAUCGUUAUAGAUUCCGAUAUCACUGGCAGAAAAUCGAUCGAUUACGUCAAAAGUUCACUCCUCCUGUACCCUGUUCUGAAGGCUGUGCUCGCGCUGCCCCAUGGACGAAGCCUCGUCGUCCACGCAACCAUGCUCAUGAUCCUCUUGGAUUUCUUCAUUGUAAAGCUAAUCCUCCUCCACGACCUUUAGUUAGCUCAGGUGAUGAUAAUUUACUUCCUUAUCAAGACCCAUCCUUAGCUAAUACAAAUGAGCCGGCUAAACUUUUGUCUCCUAAUGAACAAGCCACUUGUAGAGAAGCUGCUCGUCAAGCUGCUCUCUUAGUUGCAACACAACUUAAGCUUCCACAACGUCUGCGUAAAUCAUGUAUAGCAAAAGCUGUUGUACGAGCAACUGGCAUACCAUUACAGUCUACACCACCAAAAUCAGUAAAUGACAGUGAGUUUGUCAAUUCUACUGAUCAAGUGUUUGGAAUAAAUUAUUCUGAUGAUGAAGACAGUUGUUCCGUAUCAUCGAAUCAUGAAGAAGAAGAAGAAGGAGAAGAAGAGGACGAAGAAGAAGACGAGAACGAUGUAGGAACAGUUGCUACACAAUUUAGUCGAUUGUUAUCAGGACCAUUGGCUCGAUUUUAUCGUGUAUCUGUACAUCCAUCUCGUAUACAUGGUCGUGGUUUAUUCGCUUUACGAGAAUUUCGAGAAGACGAAAUGGUUAUUGAAUAUACUGGAGAGUUAAUACGAAGUAUUAUUUGUGAUGCUCGCGAAUUAAGAUAUAGAGCAACUGGCGUAGAUUGUUACAUGUUCAGAAUAGAUCCAGAUUGGGUUAUCGAUGCUACGUAUGCUGGAAACGCUGCUCGAUUUAUCAACCAUGCAUGUGAUCCUAAUUGUUAUGCUAAAGUUGUGUCGAUCGAUGAUAAAAAGCAUAUUGUUAUAUUGGCCCAACGAAAAAUUUAUCCUGGUGAAGAAUUGACAUAUGAUUAUCGUUUUCCUAAAGAAUCUGAUAAAUUACCGUGCAAUUGUGGCAGUUAUUCUUGUAGAAAAUAUUUAAAUUAA